UUUGGUCGUCUCUCUCUCUUGUGGUCGGAGAGAAGUUGAUUUACAGAUCGUCGGAGAUGCUUUGUCUUCUUCUCAAUUGCGUCUUCCACUUUUCCUUCUUCCUUUGAUUUUCAAUCCAGCUCCACACAACCUCUAUCAUGCACUCGUGCGCGCUUUUCAGCUCAAUAAAUUGAUAUAUUCACCAGACUGCGAUGGCUUCGAGGUGUUGCUUUAGGGCGAGCAGAUUUCUCUUACAGAGAGGAAACAAAAUGAUGAUUGCGAACUCUCACAAUGUCUCCAUCGCCGCUGUCACUCGUUUCCCUAGUUCCCGUCGCUUGACCUCUUGCCUGUCCGGCGGGAAAACUCUCCUUCACUAUCAUUUGACUACUUCUACUUCUAUUACUACUACUACUACCAGGAGUACCUCUCAUUUCUUCAAGCACCUGAAGGGUUUCAUUUCUGAUCCAAGUUCACGACCUUCAAAUCCACAAAACAAGGAUUUUUCUGGGUUAGAUGGACAUGCUAUGUUCUCCACAUCAGCUGGAAAUGACCAACCUAGUAAGAUAGAGAAGAAGACUUCUGUGGUGAAAGGUGAUGAUACUUCUGGAGAGAAUAUACCCAACACGAAAAUCCUUGCCACUCUAGCUAAAUGUUUGUGGAUGAAAGAUAACCCUGAAUUUCGGUUUAGGGUGAUUGCUGCAUUGGGUUUUCUGGUUGGAGCCAAGGUUUUGAAUGUUCAAGUGCCAUUCCUGUUCAAGCUAGCUGUUGAUUGGUUAACUACAGCAACUGGCAAUGCUAGUUCCCUUUCUGCAUUUACAGCAGCUAAUUCAACCGCUUUAGCUCUCUUUGUAAGUCCUGUUGCUGUACUAAUUGGAUAUGGUGUGGCACGGACAGGAGCGUCUGCUUUUAAUGAGUUGCGAAGUGCUGUAUUUGCAAAAGUGGCGUUACGUACAAUCCGUUCUGUUUCUAGAAAGGUUUUUUCACAUCUGCAUGACCUUGAUCUUCAUUAUCAUCUUAGUCGAGAAACGGGGGCUCUUAACCGAACUAUUGAUCGUGGAAGUCGUGCAAUAAACUUUAUCCUUUCCGCCAUGGUUUUCAAUGUUGUACCUACCGUUUUGGAGAUAUCUCUGGUAUCAGGUAUAUUGGCAUACAAUUUUGGAGCACCGUUUGCUUGGAUCACAUCACUUUCUGUUGCUGCCUAUGUAGCUUUCACAUUGGUUGUGACACAGUGGAGAACAAAGUUCAGGAAAACCAUGAAUAAAGCAGAUAAUGAUGCCAAUACAAGGGCCAUUGACUCACUUAUCAAUUAUGAGACAGUCAAAUACUUCAAUAAUGAAGUUUAUGAAGCUGAUAAAUAUGAUGAGUUAUUGGAGAAAUAUGAAGAUGCUGCCUUGCAAACUCAAAGGAGCCUUUCGGUUUUGAACUUUGGCCAAAAUCUGAUAUUUAGCACAGCUCUAUCAACUGCUAUGGUAUUGUGUUCACAUGGGAUUAUGAGUGGCAAAAUGACAAUUGGUGAUUUGGUUAUGGUGAAUGGGCUUCUUUUUCAGCUGUCUCUUCCAUUAAACUUCCUUGGCAGUGUUUAUCGUGAGACAAUACAGAGUCUUGUUGACAUGAAAUCCAUGUUUCAGUUACUUGAGGAAAAAGCUGGCGUUCAGAAUGAAGUUGAUGCAAAGCCACUGGUUUUGAAGGGAGGUAGCAUUCAAUUUGAAAAUGUUCACUUUAGUUAUCUAUUGGACAGAAAGAUUCUAGAUGGUGUAUCGUUUUCUGUUCCAUCCGGAAAGAGUGUAGCAAUUGUAGGAACCAGUGGCAGUGGCAAGUCAACCAUUCUCAGAUUGCUUUUCAGAUUUUUUGACACUGAUUCCGGAAAUAUAAGAAUAGAUGGUCAAGACAUAAGAAAUAUAACUAUGGAAUCCCUCCGCAGAUCCAUAGGUGUUGUUCCUCAAGAUACUGUUCUCUUCAAUGAUACUAUAUUCCAUAAUAUCCAGUAUGGUCGUCUUUCAUCGACAGAGGAAGAGGUGUAUGAUGCUGCUCGAAGUGCAGCAAUUCAUGACACUAUCAUGAAAUUUCCGAACAAGUACUUAACCAUGGUGGGAGAGCGUGGCCUGAAGUUAAGUGGAGGUGAAAAGCAACGGGUGGCUCUAGCUCGUGCUUUCCUGAAAGCUCCGCCGCUUCUGCUUUGCGACGAAGCAACAAGUGCUCUUGACAGCACAACAGAGGGAGAAAUAUUGAGUGCCUUGAAGUCUAUUGCAAAUAAUCGAACUUCAAUCUUUAUAGCUCAUAGGCUCACAACAGCUAUGCAAUGUGACGAGAUAAUAGUUCUGGAGAAUGGGAAGGUAGUAGAACAAGGCCCCCAUGAAGCUCUUUUAUUAAAGGCGGGUAGAUAUGCUCAAUUAUGGGGGCAGCAGAAUAGCACUGUUGAUGGACUUGAUGCUGCCAUCAAAUUGGAGGCUUGAAAGUUGAAACUUAUACAAAUUAAACUGAUUCAAAUGUAAUCUUUAUUCUCUAUUCAGACAUCUAAAUUUGAUGUGUGGAUUGUCCAUUUUGUAAUAGUACAUUGCUAUACAAAUAAAGGUUUGGUUAUCUAAACAGUUUCAAUAAGAAAUCAACAUUGUAAUUUGUUUGUUUUAAAGUCUAUUUGGAGAUUUGUUGCCU